AUGGCUUCUCGGAACCAAAACAAGCCUCCUGCUCCACGCAGUCCUUUAAACAAAAAUCGAGUUGUUGAUGAAGCUCCUUUUGAUAAGCGUAGGAAAAUUGGCACUGGUAGGAUGAUGGCCUCAACCACUGCAAGUCGGGGAAGGCAAGCACUUGCCCCAAUGAACAACCAAAAGGACGUUGCCGUAGCACCCUCUGAAACUGAGGGGUCUGAGUGUGAAAAUAUUGAAUUUACAAAGGAGGAGGUGGAUGCACUAUUGAAUGAGAGAUUUAAAGGGAAAAAGUUUGAUUCAAAGGGAAAACAGGAGUGGAUGACAGAGUAUAUGAAAAAGCUGAAGUUUUGUAUAAAAUGGUUUCAAAAGGUCUUAGAAGACCUCGCCGAGGAAAAGGAUAACUUGCGUAAGAUGCUGGAUUCUUCAGAAAAAAAAUGCAUGGAAGCAGAGGCUGCAAUGAAGAGUAAGGAAGAAGAGUUGAACACAGCAAUUUCUAAAUUGGAAACAAAUAUUUCCUCUUUGAAAGAAAGCUUGGCAAAUGAAGAGUCUGAAAAAAUUAAUGCCCUUGAGUGUCACAAGACAGAAAAAGAAGCCAGGAUGGCUUCCGAAAAGAAUCAAGAUUUCUUAAAGGAAGAGCUUGGAAAGGCUGAGCAAAAUGUAUUGAAAGCUAAUGAAAAGGUGAAAACUCAAGAAGACAUGUACAAGAGGUUGCAAGAGUACAACACAAGUUUGCAACAGUACAAUACCAAACUUCAAAAUGAACUUAAGGCAGCCACUGAUGCAAACAAACAAGUUGAAAGAGAGAAAGCUGCAAUAUUGGAAAACCACAGCACCUUAAGGGGUCACUAUAACUUGCUGCAGAAGGAGUUUACUUCUGCCAAAGAUUCUCGAGAUGAUGCCAUGAAGCAAAAAGAAGCUGCAGUGAAAGAAGUUGACAUCCUCAGAGGGGAGUUGCAGCAAGUAAGGGAGGAUCGUGAGCGACAAUUAUUACAAGUGCAAGGGUUAACUUCUGAACUUAUAAGGUUCAGAGAAAGUACCGGGCGCACUGCCGCUGAGGUCGAUAGUUUGCACUUGAGGUCAACUGCUUUGGAGGAAACUUGCUCAUCUCAAAGAGAGCAAAUAUCGGUACUGCAACAUCAGUUAGCGGCUGCGAAUCAAAAGCUUAAGAUGGCUGAUUUAUCGUCAUCAGAAAUAAGGACAGAAUACGAGGAGCAAAAACGUAUUGUCUCUGAGUUACAAGAUCGUUUGCGGGAUUCAGAAACUCAACUUCUUGAAGGGGAGAGAUUGAGGAAGAAACUCCACAACACUAUUUUGGAGCUGAAAGGCAACAUCCGAGUAUUUUGUAGAGUCCGGCCUUUGCUGCCUGAUGAUGGCCCUGGAGCAGAAGCCAGUGUCUGUUAUCCCACUUCAGUAGAAUCAGCUGGCCGAGGAAUUGAUCUAGUUCAAAGUGGCCAAAAGUAUCCUUUCACGUUUGACAAAGUGUUUGCGCAUGAUGCAUCUCAGCAAGAAGUCUUUAUGGAGAUAUCACAGCUAGUGCAGAGUGCACUCGAUGGAUAUAAGGUUUGCAUUUUUGCAUAUGGGCAAACUGGCUCUGGUAAAACAUACACAAUGAUGGGUAGACCCGAAGCUCCUCAGCAGAAGGGUCUGAUCCCACGCUCUCUAGAACAGGUCUUUCAAACAAGUCAGGCCCUAGCCGCCCAGGGCUGGAAAUAUAAAAUGCAGGCUUCUAUGCUGGAAAUCUACAAUGAAACAAUUCGUGAUUUGUUGUCGCCAAGAUCAAGUAGUGGAGAUGUUUCACGUACAGAAAUUGGUGGUGCAGGGAAGCAGUAUGUCAUCAGGCAUGAUGCAGAUGGAAACACAUAUGUUUCUGAUCUCACCAUUGUUGAUGUAUGCAGUAUAAGGGAAGUUUCAAAUCUUCUUCAGCAGGCUGCACACAGCAGGUCUGUUGGGAAGACUGAUAUGAAUGAGCAUUCUUCGAGAAGUCACUUUGUAUUCACAUUAAGGAUUUAUGGAGUAAAUGAGAGCACCGAGCAACAAGUUCAAGGCGUUUUAAAUCUUAUUGAUUUAGCGGGAAGUGAACGACUUUCGAGAAGUGGAGCGACAGGAGAACGAUUGAAGGAGACUCAGGCAAUCAACAAGAGUUUAUCUUCGCUGAGUGAUGUUAUUUUCUCUUUGGCAAAGAAGGAAGAUCAUGUUCCAUUUAGGAAUUCAAAGCUUACAUAUCUUCUUCAGCCUUGCUUGGGUGGAGACUCGAAGACCCUGAUGUUUGUGAACGUUUCACCCGAUCCAUCAUCCGUGGGUGAGUCUUUAUGCUCGUUACGAUUUGCAGCAAGGGUGAAUUCUUGCGAGAUUGGGAUCCCACGACGUCAAACCAUCCGACCACUCGAGAAAGAUUCUCGAAUGAGUUACGGAUAAGCAUUCAGUAGAUGUAUUUGCCAAAAGGUUCAUAUGCCUAAUGACAUUACUAAGUAUUUGUUUGUUUGGAUUGAGUGCGAAAAUGUGUGGUUUUAACAAGAGAAGGAGUUUGGGAAUUUGGUUUGUGUAAUUUGCUGUAACUGAUGUAGGUUAGUAGUAUUCUGGCUUCAUCCAUUUGUAAUAUUCACAUAUGAAUGAAUGAUUAAAUGGUAAUACCUGA